GAGGAAGGAGAGGAGGAGGAGGAAGAAGAGGAGACAAGAGGGGAGGAGAGGAGGGGAGAGGAGUAAACACACUCCAGAUGGGAUCUUGGCAUUAAUGAAAUGGGAGGCAUGAAGUAUGAGCUCCACUGAUCUCUGCAGGAGAAAACAAUAGGCUCAAGUGGCUGAAAUCAUGAGCGCCCCGACGUCAGGAACCCCAAACAUGGAAGUGAAGGUGGGCUACCAGGAGAUGGCACUGCUUAGCAACAUCCUGGCAGCGUACACCUUCAUUGCAGACCAACCCGAGAGGACAGCCUUGGUGUUUCUGGGCAGUGUGUGUGUCGGCCUUCUCCUCACACUCUGCACCAUCGUCUUCCAGAUACACUGUCGAGCAGACUGUCACAUCGGCAACAGUAAGCACCAUCGCCACAGGACCAGGCAUCAUCCUCAUCAUAAUCAUCAUCUUCAUCAUCGACAUCGCAGCUGCCCCCUCCAUCCGGCCAUUGAAAACAAUCCAGACAGCACUGCUGUUGUUGCGGUCAGAGGCCCCGGGCCCACCGGCGACAGCGAAUCAGAGGACUGGGACGAGACGUCUGACCUGUCGGCACGGAGACGAAGACGCUUUGAGAGAGCUCUACUGAACGCCACCAUGUUUACAUCAGCUGAGGAUCUGGACCGGACCCAGAGGCUAGAAGAGCGGGAACGGAUUCUCAGAGAGAUCUGGAUGAACGGACAACCAGACAUCAGUACAGUCACUCAAAGCCUCAACAGAUAUUACUGACGCACAAUUCAACAGGAUGAUAGUCACAGGAAUAUACAGAGAGGCCGGCAGGCAGAUGGAUGAAGAGAAAACAAUUAAAAGAAAUACACUGGAUGGAAUCAACAUAAACCACCAAAGAUCCAACUAUUAGUGAUAGUGGAGCUGGGAGCUUCCCCUCUGCUCUGUAAACAGCAGGAAAACAUAUGAGCUGUGAUCUUACAUACAGUCUGUGAGCUGUGACACCUCAGCCUCAAAUGCAGGAUGACACUGAAGUGUUGUGAAGAUUUAUGUCAACAAGCAAAGACACAACGGACCUACAGAGCACACACUGCGAUAUGUGACUGCUGUUGGUGAAGACUGUACUAGGGAUUUUAUCAUUUUUAAACAUUUUAAAGGUGCUUUUAAGAAAGAUAUAGCUGGUUCACAACGAGAGGCAAUGCUGCCACAGUUCCUGAGUGUGUGUUUUAUAAUCUAGAGCUGCAACUAUUGGAGGAUUGAAAAUAAUCCUGUUUUCAGCUUCUCAAAUAUGGAGAUUUCCUGUUCUUCUCUGUUUUAUAUAACAUUAGACUUACAUUACUUACAUACAUUGUUUUUUAUCUGACAAGACAUUUAAUGACCUCACUUUAGACCCCUAAUAAACUACAAUGCACAUUUUUCACAGUAUCGCACAUUUUAGCAUUUGAACAGACGAAGUGAUUAAUUAAUUAAUCUAGACAAAAAUGGGCAUUAAUAAUGAAAUUAAUUCUUAGUUGCAGCCUUAUUAAGAUAUAUUUGAUAUUAUGUUGUUGCACUUUUUUCAGCUUAUUGUUUUUGGGACGAAAGCUCAAUGCCAAGAUACACAAACAUACUGGUGCUUUUACUGUUGUAAAUCCUCAGAUAAGAGAAUACUAACAGGACGGACACUUAAUGGCUGUGUUGGUUGAUAAUAUAUAUAUCAUAUGUAUGAUAUAACAUGUCGGGACUGUUAGGUGCAUCUGAUACUGAUCAGCUGCAGUUGUUUUUGCACAUGGACUUGAAACAGCAGGUCAUCCUGUUUGGAUCAGCCUAUGCUUCUUGAUUUGUCUAAUUUUGAAAUUAGCUGAAUUUAUAAUAAACUGUCAUUCCGAGAAUUAAUUAAAGCUGUUUUCUGUACAUAUAAUUGAGUAAAGUCCCUCGUAACAUUUAAAUAUUGUGGCUCACAGUUUAAUAGUUUGGGUUUGUUUUGGGUUUGUUUUAAAUACUGUAUGUCUCAUCUAUUGUGACCUUGUUGAUGGCAUUUAUAAUAAAUAGAGUGAUGGCAUAUUAUUUUAGACCAAUUCUGAAGUUGGCUUCACGCUUGCUCCUUGACAAAGAAAUAUAAUUAGAUGUAUGUGUUGUAUUUUCGAUUAAUGUCGAAAGCUCUGUUGCAAUAAUCUACUAAUGUACACAACAUUUAUGAUUUUUUGUCAAUGCAAUCGACAGAAAUAAAUAUAUAACAUUAGGCACUUGACACACAAAGGCUU